AGUAGCAAUUUCCUUUGAGGGAAAUGUCACUGAAAAUAAAUACUUUAAAUUUAGUCCCAAAUUUAGUGUCAACUCUUAAACAAUAUAUCAAAAUGUUCUUUGGCUCUUCUAACAUUAAAAUAUAUAUUUUUCUGUUUUUAAUCCGUUUGGGCCAAUGCUUUGAUUUCCCAUAUAAAUGUGGAGACUGUGCAAAACAGAAUGUGAAACUUUGCACGAUUGAGAAAGAAAUUGGAUACAGUUGCUAUACAAAACCUUCGGAUGCUACGAAAACUAGUUCUAUGUUUCUAGCACGUUCUGCCAACUUUUCUCAAGCUAAGACCGAUUUAGAAAGAAAAUGGAUACCCGAGAUAGCCCCGAUGAUUGAAAAUGUAAAAGCAUGCAUUCCACGUGGCUUACAUAUAGAUGUCGGUGCCGACAUUUGCUGUGCUUGGUCGCCAAUAACGGGCUGCCAAUUGGUCUUGGCCAAGGACCAUAAGGGUGAAUAUUGCUCUACUUGCAGAGUACAAAAUCCAGAAUACAAGGGCUUGAACGUAUGUCCGUGCAAAUCGGUAGGUAAAUCGGGAUCCGGACAGCUCAUCUCGGGCGAUCUGAAGAUACUCAUCAGCAUGGCUUUUGGUUUCUAUAUACUGCGGACAAUUUUAAAUUUAUGUUGAUAUUUCCAAAGCGAUUUGAAUAGAGGAAUAUAUAGAAUAUAUAAA